AUGUCAUUAAUCGAACGGCCAAUAUUACAAAAAAUUAAAGAAGAUAUAUCCUCUCACUUAAGAGAUUAUUAUUCGUUUACAGCUUCAGAAAUCGUAAGAGAAAAUCCACCAGAAUGGUAUUGUCAGAAUAAAAAAGUGGUUUAUAAUAUGGCAUGUCCAAAUGGAGCAAAUUCAUUUCAUGGAAUUUUAGAGUAUACACAAUGGACACAAUUUAAUUUACCAAAAAGUUUUAAUGUUGAAGAAAGAGAUGGAAUUGGAGGAGGAAGGAAAGGAGAAUUGGAGAUUGAAAUAUUAAAUGAAGUAUUUGAUUAUUCACCACCUGAUGAUGAUAAUACUGUAGUUUGGUACAUUAAUUUCGCAGAUAUAAAUUUGUUUGGAUACUAUGGUGGUUCACUUUUCGCACAAGACGAAAUGCAAUGCCUUGAGCAUCCAGCUCUAUGCUCACUUCGUGACAAGCUCGACACUAUGCCAAAUGGGUCACCAACAAGAACGAGAACAAACAUAUCAUCCGGAAAAUCAAUCGCAACACCUGUAUUAAUUCGUGGUGUAGAACGUCGUGCCUUUAUCAAAACUGACUGUAAUGAAGCCGAAGGUAGACCUUACGGUCUUUAUGGGAAUCAAUUCGCAACUGCUAAAGUAGACGCUGUAAAAUUGGCUACCACUGUUUUUGAUAAAAGAUUGGAUGAUAGAGGUAAUCCUUAUUAUUCAAAUAUUAUUGCCAUUGAGGCACCAAAAUACGGAAGAGGGAAUUAUACUAAUAGUACUAUUAGAAUGAUUAUUGAAACAGCUUAUAGUGGAUUCUUGGCUGCUAGAUUUGAAAGUUUGGUAGAAACUGAAGUGUUAGAAAGAAGGCAUAAAAAUGUUGAACAUACGAUUAUUCCCGAAAAAGAAAACGCAAUCGUUCCUAGAGUUAUUAUUCAUACAGGAAAUUGGGGAUGUGGUGCUUAUGGAGGAAAUAUUUCAAUCAUGGCAUGUUUGCAAUUCGCAGCCGCCCAUUUGGCUGGUAUUGAUAAAGUAGUUUAUCAUGCCAUAGACGAUAAAUCUCAAAAGGAAGUUAAUAUUGGUUUUGAAACUUAUAAAGAGUUGGUAAUGGAUGUAAAUGGAAUGAUUAAAGUAGAUGAUUUUAUUACCAAAGUUGAAAGAAAAAAGUUUAAAUGGGGUUUUAGUAAUG